AUGAGUCACACACCCUGACUUCGUGUAACCACCUUAACCCCAAGAGCCCUGUGUGAACAGAAGGCAGCAAGGGAUCUUCCCGAAUAGCAGCUCUUUUAGGGGGCUGAGAGAGAGGUAAAAAAAGGGACAGUAAUGGCACUUAUGCCUCCAAUACCAAAAUAGCAAAUGAGUGCUCACCAGCUACUUCCCAUGCUCCUACUGCACUCAACCUCGCUCAACUACUGUGGUUAUUUUAGUAGGCUCUGCUUCGUCCACUCGCUUUUCAGACUCUUUUGGUUUGCCCCAUGGAUUUAUAUGUUAAUUCUUAACUACAUGUCUUUAUCACAAGAACGGCUGUAUUUUUUAAGCAGGUGGCUCUUUACGGAUUUCUGAAUUAUCAUCCUUGGAAAGUUUGGCUCCUCUACUUGUUGAAACAUGAAACAUGGAAAUUUAGACAAAAGGAAAAUCAAGAGGUAGUGGUGAACCACUGGUGAUGGCCAUGUAGGAUGUUCCGGACAUCAGACUAACGUACGUGGAUUAUACAUUCACCAUGAGCUGCCUGGAGAAACAGUAUGCGAGCCAUAAAGCCGGCGUGCGGCACCCUUUCAACCUGGACAGUUUUAUGGAUGAGACAGACCGAGAGGUUAUGAACCUCACCGACCGAGCCUUUAAGAGUCUGUGCAUUGGCGAUGAGGCAAUCUACAAUGAUUCAGAGCUUGUGCCAUCUUUAGUAGACUGUCACAAGCCACUAGUUGAAGAGAAACCAAAAAAACCUCGAGAGAAUUCGAGUGUUAAAAAACAUGGAGCUCACCGGCCCAACGGUGUGUACAACACCCCAUGGCAAACAAAUAAAAACACUUCGAAUGUGUCAUCGCUUUUUGCUGCACUUACAUCUAAGAAAAGCAAUGACAUGAAAAUGACAAAUGGGGACUCGUGGGACAAAUCAGCGCUGCUUAGCAUCCAAACAGAGCUGUCAGAGUUUUCUUCAGAUUAUCAGAAUCACCUCCUGAACAAAGACUUUUGCCAGAACAAAAGCCAUCGUAUCCAGGAUGUACAUAAAUCAUCAGGAAAAUCUAAAAAUCAGCACAGCAAAUCCACUAAACUGAGAAAACUGAAUUCCAAAAACUUUUUCCUGCACAGUGAAUUCAGCCCAUUCCAAUCCUGGGGAGACUUAAAUCGUUUUGGACUGGAGAACAUGGGCUUGUUUCGAUGCAGUAGUCCAGCUGGACUGUACGAUUCGCCACUUUACACGGAACUAGAAAAUUCAAACACAUUACCUGUACCAAAGGCAAAUAAAAGAGAGACAAGCCAAAGCACCUCACCUCGGGAGCCUGGGCAUAAAUCAAAACAUGAUUUAUUACAAAAAAUCGCACCACCGGUACCAGAAAAACCCUCUGAGCUAAAAUUACCCCAAAUGCCUAACGUUCAAAUAGAGACUCUUCAGCCGCAAGUGCUGCUGACAUCCUCAGGGUCGUUUCAGAGGUGUCAGUCUGAAGGUGACCUUUAUGCUCCAUGGAGGAAAAAUCGAAGCAGGGCAAAAGGUACAGUUCAGCCACUUAUCAGCUCACCAGACUGUGAAAGGGCAAACCCUGUAGACGAGUGUGCAAUACAAAAAAAAAAAGAGGUUAAAACUGUGGAAGAACCAACCUGCUUAAAUUCAACCCCAUUCAACAUUUUACAGCUGUUGACUCCUAUUAUACCAUCCAGACAGGGUACAGGAACCUCAGACAUAUUGCAGGCUGUUCAUUCUCCCGCAGUCCUCGAUAUCCCAGGACUUCAUGAGACAGAGAUCCGUCCAUCGCCCGACAUCAAACGUGAAGGAUAUAAAUCCAAGGCAUCGGGUCUGUUGUUCAAUCUCAAGGACAACAGAAAACGAGUCAAAGCAACAUACAGCCCACCAAAAUUUAAAGGCUUGGAUGCAGCAGACCAAAAUAAGCUGUCUCCUCUGAUUGAACAGGACAUGCCCAAAGAUUUUCUGCAAAGCCCAGAAAUUGCAGAUGCUAAAACUGCAUCAGCUGUUCGAAACACUGAUAGGUGUCCAAUGAGUCCUAAGACUGCAGACACACAAAGCUCUCAAUCAAGCAGCCAUAUAAAAAGUGCAUUGCCUGAUGACUUUUUGGGACUUAGUCUGCUGCACGCUGGCUCACCGGUGGUAUCUCUGAAAGCAAAAAGAACACUGUGUCCAAAGCUACAUAUCCAUCUUUAUAUUUGUACCGAAAAUGUAGUCCGGUAGAAUUGAAUACUAAAAUGGCGCCAGUGGAUGUAGCGGGUUCUCAUUCUAUAGUAAAAAAAAGUGCAGAAAAGGAGCUGAGCAAAGAGAAAUUUCCAGAGAGGGAUAAUAAGGAAUUGCAAAGAAAGCAUAAUUCAACUAAACUGGAAAUCAGCAAUGUAAACCGUGAACACUUGAACAAUGCUGAAACUGCAAACAAGGUACCGGCCGCUCUAAAGGAAAAAUAUUUGCAGUCAAAGAAGCACAACGCACAACAGGAUGCCCCGACACAUCCGAGUAGCAGGAAUCAAGAACCAUUGAAUACAGGAGAAACAUGUAAGGCAGAGAAAAGACCGAUCAGAAAUAAUGAAUGCCAGAGUAAAGAAACAAACGCUAAGCAUUUGUUUUCCGCAAGACAAAACAACUACAUCAAAAAUGAAAGAUAUUCGAAUGUAGAAGAGGAUGAGAAACAUAAUGAAUACAAUAAGGAACGUGAAUGUUGGCAAGAGAAAGUGAAUUCGGGAAGAGAUGAGCAUGUCGAUGUGCAGAAACAUAAAGGUAAAGUGCAGGAAAAUACGGACGAUCCACAUAACAAAGAGAGUUUUACGAAUGACACCUUGGCACAAAACAAUUCGAACAUGCUCUCAGGUACGUGCACUGAGCAAAGAGUAUCAAAGAAUGCUUUUUCAAUGAAAGGAAACACAUCAGCAAAAUAGCGCUAUUCACUUUAAAGGAACAGCCAUCGAAUGCAGGCUCAGGCGCAAAGAAGAAAAACAUUGUGAAGGAUAAGUACGAGCUAGCCACGGUGGCGCUGGAGAAAAGGAUUGCUGAGAGGGAACAAAAACAACAGCAAAGUGGAAGACAAAGUAAACAGGAUUUCCCUGUGAACAAAGGCCGCAAUCGGGACAGCAUUCUAGAAUCGGGUCAGACGGAAACUUCAGAAAGUGUUAUACCAGACAGGCGAGGUCAGACGGCUGUUUUUGAUUUUAUACCACCUAGCCAAACCGUUCAAAGCAUAUCAGACAUACACGCCAGUCCGUGUCAUGUGCUUGAAGUAAUAUUAGCUGAGCCUUAUAUGCAAGAAGGUGCUGCAAAGCACAGCCCAAGCAGACUGAUAUACACAAACAGGGACAGAUCUGACAGACAUGGCCAAGAAAGUGUCACAAAAAAUAUCAAGUCAAUGUCUAAUGAGCUUAAAGAAACAUUAAGCAUGCCUAAAUAUGUAAGCUUGAUCAGGAAGGCUCAGUAGUCCAGGAGUGUUUUGACAAUAAGCUAAUUCGAGUUGAAGAUGAGUCAUCUCUUCAGAAAAAUAACAGCUUUAAUAAACCUGAGGCACCUUCAAGAAGAGAAAGAGCAAAUUCCCAAAGUGAAGGAAGAAUUAUAAAUGAAAAAAUGGAUGAGUUGGGAAAUCUUGAGCGAUCAAAGAAAGAAUUUUUAAGUACAGAAGUUCAGAAAUCAAAUCUAGCAAAGGAUAAAGGACCAGUAAAGGGCCAUGUAUCAUUGCUUAAGGACAAAUUAAACAGAAAACAGGUACUGCCGAGUUUAAACCUCCAAGAAUGUUUGAGUCAAGAAGAAGGUCUAAUGGACUUCCUGAAACUGACUUCUUGAACCAAAAAGCAAAUUCACCAAAAGGUAUAACAGGUUGUCCUGAAGUUGAAGGAAUUUUAGCACAAUGUUAUAUAUCAAGAGAGGCGGAUUUCGACAAUCUACCUGAGAAUGAUUCAAACUAACCAUGGGAAAUAUAGAACAUCUAGUUGGAGAAAUAUCUGAUGAGCCGGACAUUAAAACCGUUCAAGGAAUCACACUAAAUGAAGGGGACAUAAAAUAUAUAAAUAAAACAGAGAAUGAUAGUGUUUCUGAAGUUUUGAUUGAAAAUGCAAGCCAGGUCAAUUCCAAAUGCCAUGAUGAAAUCUCUGUCAAAGAGAAAUCAACUAACCAUUUUCCAAAAUCAGAGGAUAAAUCUGAGAAGACAUCACCCUUGAAUGCUAAUUUUAAUUAUCACCCUGAUAAUGCUUCAGCGGAAAUUAAAACCCUUUAUGAUAUUCUUAAUCAAGCCGAACCUUUAUCAUCAUUGGAUAUUACAGAACAAUGCAAUCAUAUUUCCGCAGAGAACUCAGAGAACUGCUAUUUACAGCGAACAGAAAUGUCACCAUGUCUAACUAAAGGUGAAGAAAGAAAAAGUGAGAAUUUAGACACAAUGUAUUCCUGUUCCAGUAACAACCAUGAAACUAAACUGCAACACUCAGACCUGGCAGUUGCUCCUUUAAAAGAUGUGGAAAAAGGAGAAUGGGUGCGUUGUUUGAUAGACUCCGCUCACAAUCUGACGCCAACAUGCCGGUCCAAUGCCUCUUCUCCAACAGUGGGAAAACUUGCUUUAUUUAAAGUUAAAGACAACACAUUUAGUGCGUCCCCUGUUACCAAAACAGUAAGACCUGUACUCCAUAAAACUGUCGCAGGAGUUACACAGCCAUGGUCUCCAAGAGAAAGCUUGAGUGGAUCUGAAAAGGGUGAAGAGGAUCCAGAGUUUUUUAAGGAUGCCAUGGACAUGCAAAGUCCAAUGUUGCCUCUUGCACUUGUUCGAAUCCCUCAGCCAAACCAGUCCCCAGUACAGGUCGUACCCCAAUCUCAAUCUCAAUCUCAAUCUCAAUCUCAAUCCACCACAGACCAGGAGAAAAAAGGACUGAAAAUAAAUAGUCCUGCAGUUCCAGAAGCCAGGAGUGGCAAUUGGUUACAAGCUCAUUUUCUGAGGGAAUAGAAAACUGUGAAAUGAAUGCAGAAGGCACUGUCGAAGAGUUCGCAUUUACUGCAUUCAACACCGCACCCACAGAGAGCAUAGUGGAAUCAAAAGCCCCAAGCGAAAGAUCGGAAUCAGUCUGUAGUGGCAUAGAAAAUCAGGUACAAGGCAAGCCACCUGCCGUCCCUCCCAAAACGGAGAAAGCCCUACGUCGUGCCAUGAAGCUGACCACAAAGCGAAUCCAGAAAGCAGAGGCGAAAAGCAAAUCAGAGCGUGGCCGGAGCAGUGAGAAGGGCUCCUCUCAGAAACGUGAGAGGAGGCACCACAGUAGCGACAAGGUCCUCGCCGAGAGAGCUUACCAGCGAGAACACAGCACUGACAGAGGUAGCAGUGAUCAAAGCACUGAGGAAAACAGCAGUGGAACAUCUCUGCCUAAGACUCAAGCAAGUGAAGGUCAUGACACAGUAAAGAAGAAAGAUACAGAAGGCAACUGCAGCAGACACGGUAUAGCAGCCUCACUAAUACGGAUAAUGAGGAUGCAAAUAGCAGUUUGUUUGAAAUACAAAAGGAAUUACAGCACAAAGAUCAGAAUGUGAAUGCUGACAGUGAGAGAUUGGGGCGUAGUAGUGAGAAAUACCUGCCACACAAGUUGUACCGCAGGGCUCAUAGUUUAGACCGAUUUUCAAGUGAUAAACAUGAGCAUAGAGAUGCCCCUGCCUCGAAAACCAAUACUGAGACAAUAAAGAAGCCCAGCACUGCACAGACAGCACUGUUGCGACAAAGCAGCCUCGAGCAAACUUACGGAUCUCCAGCUAACAACAUCGUAGCACAGUCUUUCCCAAUGACACAAAGGAAGCUUCUGCAGGAUCUCAAUUCUGGACAGUACUUUGUGGUCGACAUGCCAGUGCAGGUCAAGACUAAAACCUUCUUUGAUCCAGAAACAGGAAGAUACGUCCAGCUUCCAGUUCAGUCGCUGGAAGGGACAAUACCAAGGGCACAAUCUGUAGAAGUUGUGAAUGCAGCUCCACUUAUGCUCUAUCAUGGCUUUGUUCCAAUGCCGGUCUCAUCCUUACCGUAAACAAAAAUCCUUUGUGUAAACCAGGCUUGGUGGUUGCUUCUGCUUACUUUGAUUGACUUUCACAAAAACCCCCACAAAUAAGAGAUUCAGAUCUACACAUGUGCUGUGUGUGAAUUUGAAAGAGCACUUUUUAAAAAUAAACAUAAUCAGAAUUUGAUUACGUUAGCUUAAAAUAGAUGAAGAUAAAAGAUCACUUUAUAGACCAGUAAAAAGUCUUGGAAAUGGUCUGAAUUCAGGCAUUAGUAUGUUUUUGUUCCUGCAAAUACAUGUUUUAUACAUGUUUUGUUCCUAGCUCUAAAAAAAAGGAAACGCCUUUGACAUUGGCCUUUGGGAUUUUCUAAUGAUUGUGUAUUUUGUAAUGCUUGAUAAAUGACGCUUUUCACAGUGAUUUUUGCAGGUUUAUUAAAUAAUAAUAUAAUAAGAAUAAGAAGAUGAAUUGAAGAAUUUUCACAUGCCAUAUUUACUUUUGCUGAUAUCAAGAUGCACUGAUUUUCAAAACGUGUAUGUCUUAAAUGGCAUAUUUGCAGGCUAAAUUGGACAUUAACGAUGUAUAUGGUGUAUUUAUGUCAUAUUUUGUGUAUUCUGAAACAAGUGAUUGACUGAAUUCAUGAGGCUGUGUUGCUGGCUUCAGGAAAUGUAAACCAUUCCAAUAAAACACUCACAAACAAUGAA